CUUGGAUACAUUUGCGUGCGGACUUUUAAAGUUCCAGUCACAAUGGAAGUUGUUCCUCGUGCAAACUCACUUUCCUCACUAGAUGAAUCCUUAGCGAAGCAGUUAGCUAAGAUUCAACUUGAAAAGCUAAAUGAAGAGAAAUUACGCCAAAAAAUCAAAAAUGAAAGUAUGGAACUUCGCGAACUUGAAAGUAAACUGAGAAGUGCUUAUGUUGCUAAGGAACAACUUGCACAGAUUGCCGAAAAACGUGCACUAGCCUACGACUUAAUGGCUGAAGAAGCUUUACAAGCCCAUAAGUUGGCAUCACAACUUGGUGAUGAUUUAAUUAUAGCUGAAGAAGAAGAGAAUCGACGAAAACGCUCACAAAUUAAGCAUAGAAAUGAAUUAGAUACACAAAUGAUGGAACAGGCUGAGUUAAGAAAAAAGGCUUAUGAAGAAUUCCUGCAUGAUAAGCAAAUGGUUGAUGAAGUUGUCAGGCGAAUAAGACAAGAAGACGAAAUUGAACGAAAAAAACGUCAAAAAAAGAAAGAAAUGAUUAGAAAGGAAAUUGUUCAGUAUCAAAAAGAAAGAGAAGAUCAUAUAAAAGCUGAAAAGCAAAGACUUCAUGAGGAAUUGGAGGCAAUCCAUGCUUACACUGCAAAGAAAGACGAUGAACAACUUGCUGUCAAGGCGGUUAUUAAAGCAAGACAAGAACAAAUAGAAAAAUUGCAGCGUGAAUUAGGCGAGAAAUUAUUGGAAAAAGAAAGAGAACGUCGAGAAUUAGAAGAGAUACGUCAAACUUUAGUUUUUGAGGAGAAUGCUAAAAAGGCUAGAGAGGAAGAACAGAACUUAUGGAUUACAAAGUUAAGUAAUCAACAGAAACUUCAAGCAGAUUACGAGAGGCAACUUGUUUUAAAAGAAGAGCAAAAAGAGUCAGAAAAACAAGAAGUCUUAAAAAUUCGAAAUUACAUGUUAGCUAAAUUUAAAGAAGAUGAACGUUUAGAACAAGAAGAAUUGCAAAAACGUCGUCUGAAACAAAUGGAAUUCGCCAACGAAGCGCAUAAAUUAUUGAUUGAAAAACGUCAGCGUAUAAUGCAAGAAUACGAACGAGCGAAAAAAGAAUUGAAUGAGGAGAAACAGCGUGUAUUAGCAGAGAAACGUUUAGUGGAAGAAGAAAGACAGCAUAUAUUAAGACAACAUGCUAAUAAUUUAUGGAAUCAUUUGCCGAAGGGUAUAUUCCAAUCAAAAGAAGAAUUUGAAUCACUGAAACAGUUAACUGGUAAAAAUUAGACACAGUUUCUUUGAAAAUUCGAAUGAUACUGUAUAAGUAAUAUAUUUAUAUAUAACUUAGGAAUUAUUUUCUUAACUUGAUGAUAAUAAUCAUGAUGUAUAAAUUUACGAAAAUUAGUAAUAAAUCAUUUUCACUUAUAA